UUUCGGCGCGUCACUUUCGUUUCCCCGGAGCUUGUCCGUUUCAUUACGCAAAUCCGCCAUUUUGUAUGUGGCUGGCGGUGCUUUCGGGUUUACUAUCUCGAUUUAGUGAUUUUCUCGAGUAAAAACUGUUAACCUCGUAAAAUAAGACUUUCAAAGCUGUCUGUGAACUAAAUCGACUGUAUUGUGUAGUAAUUUUUCUGCUAUAACUUGUGUUUUUCGUGUAUUGUGUGUGUCCUAUAAUUGGAGCGCGUGGCUGGUGACUCUUUGUUGUUGGAUUCAGCAUAUUUACGAUUGUGGACUUUGGACCAAACAUUUGGACUACACAGUGACUUCAAAAUAGUGUUGUGCCGUGUUGUGGAGUAGUGAUUGUGGACGGCAUCGCCGCUCAUUAGUGUUCAGUGUGUGAUCAGUGACAGUGUCAGUGUUGUGCGCGCGUUGCGUCCGACGUGGCGCCGACGCGGCCGUCAACUCAAUGCCGGUCCGCCGAUGGAGCGGUGAUCGCCUGACUACGUCACUAGUGCAGCGUUGGUAAAAUAUGCGCGAGCGCCCCGGCGGCCGAGUGCUGACCACCUCGCUAAUGACAUUGCAAUUGUGACGCGCUGCGGAGCGGUGACUAAAGCGGCUCUGCCGCUUUAAAUGGACAAACGCAAGAUGCUGCCAAAGAGAGCGCGUAUGGAUAGCAUGCGGGGUCCCAUUGCAAAUGGACCCCUGCAAUCAAGGCCCUUAGUGGCGUUACUAGACGGUCGCGACUGCACUGUAGAGAUGCCGAUACUAAAGGAUGUGGCGACGGUCGCGUUCUGCGACGCGCAGUCCACCUCGGAGAUCCACGAGAAGGUGCUCAACGAGGCGGUGGGCGCGCUCAUGUGGCACACGAUCAUACUCACCAAGGAGGACCUCGAGAAGUUCAAGACCCUCAGGAUCAUCGUGCGCAUAGGCUCCGGCGUCGACAACAUUGAUGUCAAAGCCGCCGGGGAAUUAGGCAUAGCUGUAUGUAAUGUGCCCGGCUACGGCGUAGAAGAAGUAGCGGACACGACGAUGUGUCUCAUAUUGAAUUUGUACCGGCGGACGUACUGGCUCGCCAACAUGGUGCGGGAAGGGAAAAAAUUCACAGGUCCAGAGCAGGUGCGCGAGGCAGCGACGGGCUGCGCGCGGAUCCGCGGCGACACGCUCGGCAUCGUGGGGCUCGGCCGCAUCGGCUCCGCCGUGGCGCUGCGGGCCAAGGCCUUCGGCUUCAACGUCAUCUUCUACGACCCCUACCUGCCCGACGGCAUCGAGAAGUCGCUCGGGCUCACCAGGGUCUACACGCUGCAGGACCUCCUAUUCCAGAGCGAUUGUGUAUCAUUGCACUGCAGCCUAAACGAACACAAUCAUCACCUCAUCAACGAGUUUACUAUCAAACAGAUGCGUCCAGGCGCGUUCCUGGUGAACACGGCGCGCGGCGGCCUCGUGGACGACGAGGGCCUGGCGGCCGCGCUCAAGCAGGGCCGCAUCCGCGCCGCUGCGCUCGAUGUGCACGAGAACGAGCCCUUCAACGUGUUCCAGGGUCCGCUGAAAGAUGCGCCGAAUUUACUGUGCACGCCGCACGCGGCCUUCUACUCUGACGCGAGUGCGCAGGAGCUGCGGGAGAUGGCCGCCUCCGAGAUACGGCGCGCCAUCGUGGGCCGCAUCCCCGACUGUCUGCGCAACUGCGUCAACAAGGACUACUUCCUGCCGGGCGCGACGUCGGUGGGCUCAGCACCGGCGGUGGGUGUGGGCAGCGUGGGCGGCGUGGGCGGCGUGCUGCCGGCGGGCGGGCUGGCGGCGCCGGCGCCGUACGCGGAGGGCAUCAACGGCGGGUACUACAGCGGCGGCGCCCAGGCUGCGCACUCCACCACCGCCGUGCACGAGCCGCCGGCGCCGCCCGUGCCGCUGCAGCAGCCGCCGCCGCAGCAGCCGCCCAUCUCUCUGCCAAUGAACACGUCAGACGGGGCGAACCACCAGCUCAGCAAAGAGAGCUCGGACGUGCACUAGAGCUCUGAGGCCGCUACGUUGCAGUACCGACCGCGCGACAUACAAACAAUAGUUUUAUUCCACACCAACUAUGUUAAGUAAUGAGCCACGCGGUUGCAUUGAGACGCGUCCAUCGGCGGGAUAUAGGGAUUUGCGAGCGAUUGUAAUCCACGAAGCGUAAGCAGAGAUUUAUUGCCGUUUUGUAAUAAAAAUUGGGACGCGGAGCUGUGGCGGACGGGUGGGGUAACGGUUUCGCUAUAGCUCCGCCCCAGUCCGAGAAACGAAAUAAGCCCCGCUUGUUUACGUAAGUCUGUGCGCAUUUCAUUGUAGCUGUGCGCACAAGUCGAUAUACCGGGUGUGUUACUCUAUGUGGUCCGUUUAGUAAUACUUACGGGGUAGAUACAAGCUAAGGGUCGUUAAACUGAAGGCUACAUUUAGCUUACACAAUAACAAUAAGUAAAUAAUAGAAAUUCAUAUGCUGUGCAAGUUCACAGAUUACUCUGAUUUAUCAGCCAUUUUAAUACCUCCACUCUCAUACUCGGGUCUUAUGGUAGGAUAAAGCAAAUAUGAUUGAAAUUUCAAAGUUAAGUUUAUCCAUAGUUGUAAGAUUAAUGAAGUAGGAGCGAGACGAUGUGCUCAACAAUUAUUAUACGAUAUAAAUAUUUUGUAUUAAUGUUGUUUUUCCACAAAAUGAAUUCCACUCGCUCCAUACACAGUCUUGCACGCAAAUCGCUAUAUCCAAACAUGGCAUUUGGGAAAUGGAUGCCUUUGAUACACUACACAAUUGAAAGCCAUUUUGGAAAUACAUAGACUGUGAAAUAGUAGUACUUUCCAAAAUUGUAUGAAAGCGUCAGACAUACGCGUUUGUUGGCAUUGUUUAUUUUACAUUUUAGACGACCAUCUCUGCUUAGCAAUUUUUUAUAGAGAACAAAUAUUUAAUGUGUAAAAUAAACAAGAACAUAUGUAAUUUAGUUAAAUAAUUCCACAAGUGAUAGACGAGUGGGUAUGCGUUCUUAAUUAUAAAUUAAACAUAGUUUUUAUUAAGUGAAAUUUUGUAAGCUCGUGAUAUUUUGUAUAUCUAGAGUUGUGUGAAUAAAUUUUGUAAAGCCAGCUUCAGAAAUACGUUAUCGUAUUGUAUCUAGAUUUGAGUGCGCGUACUUACUACUAUCAAACGAAGGCUUCAGAUUAUAUUAUAUUCUUUAGUUUUUCGCGCUCCUAACUUGAGAUUACUAUUUACGGGGCUUAAUACGAAAUUAUUAUUUGUUAAAUUAACAAAUAACUAUAAUAUUAAAAAUGUAGGUAUCACCUACCGUUGUAUUUAUCAGAAGCGAAAUUUCGAGCUAAAUUCCGUAAAUUUUUAUCAGAGUUGUGUAUUUAUUUGAAUAAAAUAGCGCAAUAGUAACGUUGCAGUAUUCAAUUAUCGUCAAAGUCGGUUAUCGUUUGUGCAACGGGGAAGUGUAACAGUGAUAUAGUGGACAUGAGCGGUGAAUGGAAUAGGAUAGAUUAUAUCGAGUAAGAAUAAUGAUUGAGGAACGUUAAGCGUGUGAUGUGACUGAUUAUACUACGAAGUAUACAAUAUACAGUGUGAUUCGCAGACAUUGAUAGAAAUAGAUGACGUCUCGCUGUGAAUGUUGAGGGACGUUUGUGUAUUCAACUUGUAGCCGUGUCCGUACUUUCGAUAAAUUUUCUGUCGGCUAAUCAAAUAAGGCGAUACACAGAAUGACACAAAGUUACGCCUAAAUUACACAACUAUAUGUCUUUAGCUAUUUUAUAUAGCUUUUAGCUCCAAUGAGUUUUACGUGUAUGGCUGUUUGCUAUGCAAUAAUAAUUCCAAAGUGCGUACACGGCUCAACACAGAAUUGUGUCAAACAGUUCGGAAUAAAACUCGCUGCGGCCACAUAAGCGUUUUAAGCUUAUCUCGCUGGGUAUCCGGACACGCAUAUUGCAAUGUCUAUUAGAUAGUUGGUCUGUGGUACGAAGGUAGGGCGUCUCAAUGCAAACGAUGAACGAAUAGUCGAUUCUGUGUUUGUAUUUGGUAAGUUGGGACAGCUAAUAUAAAUACUGUUAUGUGUAAAUGCGUGUUGCAAUCGCGGGCCGUUGUGUGUGUGUGAGGCGAGGACGGGGUGGUCAGGGCCGGCUGUGUGUCUUCAAAUUGUACAAAGCUUGUGUCAAAAUUAGUAUUACAAGAUCUGGAUAAGAGUAUGGUUAGCAAGUGUUUCGUCUUGAAAUUAUCUUAGAAACCGGUAAUAAUAUGAAAAUAAAAACGUUAAAUAAAACGUUUUGUUAUUGAUUGUAACUGCGUGGGCAUCAUGAAGUAUGGAAAGGGUUGGUAGAAGAGAUUUCCAAUAGAUGUAAUAUUCCCGGCCACAGCCGGCAGCGACCGGGCGCAGUCGCAGGAUCUAAUUAGCAUUUUGCUCGCAUUUGUGGCAUCCUGGUCGCGACCGAACGCAUACAUACGAACUUAUUUUUAAGCAUCAAACAAAUGGACUGUAGAUUCUAUCAUCACACUUAAUUAAACGAGAAAACAGGAGCUCGUGUUUUUUUUUAUUUGAAUGUACAAAAUCAUGCUUUCAUUUGAUUAUUUUUUCUAAAUAGAGUUUAAGUGACGAAUUUGUACAUGAACACUAAACGGUUGCGUUACCCAAUAACCACCUGUUUUAAAAUCGCGAGAAUUGGUAUUUAAAAUUAGUAUUUACUUACAGUUUAGUUUAAUGACAAAAACAAUGUGUAUAUUUUAUGAGAAAAAAGUUCUUAAAUAAAACUAUUGUUUUCGGAUUAAAUA